AUGGAGCGAGAUGGCGAUGGCGAUGGCCAGGAAGAGGUUUGGUUCGAGAAUCUGGAUCGAGUGCCCCUCUUCGCCGUGAGGAAUGGGCCGGAGGAGACGCAAAAACCAGGUGUGACAGGCGCGGUGGUGUGGGAUUCGGCCGUAAUCCUCACGAAAUUUCUAGAGCACGCUGUGGAUAGCGGGAUGCUUGAGCUCCAAGGGAAGAAAUGCGUGGAGCUCGGAGCUGGAUGCGGCCUUGCCGGAUGUGUUGCAGCGCUUCUCGGUGCCAGAGUCAUUCUCACGGACUUGCCGGAUCGCUUAAGACUUCUCCAGAAAAAUGUGGACGAGAACGUGAGCUGCUUUGCUGCUAGAGGCUCCGCUUGUGUGAGAGAGCUUUCGUGGGGAGAUGAAAUAGACAAGGAGGUCAUCGAUCCAUCUCCAGAUUAUGUGAUUGCUUCGGAUGUGAUUUACAACGAGAAAGCUGUCCAAGAUCUUCUCGACACUCUGGAAAAGCUCUGCGACAGCAAAACGCUGGUGAUUAUCGCCGGUGAACUCCGAAAUGAUGCUGUGCUUGAAUAUUUUUUAGAACGCGCUCUCCAUCGUUUCUCGAUUGGGCGACUCGCUACGAACUUUUGGCACCCGUCCUAUAAGAGUCAACGGGUGGUAUUAUAUGCGUUGACUAGAAUCAGUAAAAAGUUCGAUGGGGAUGUGUGAUCAUUGACUUU